AUGAAUCAUUAUGAAUAUUAAGACUGCUUUGAUGAUUCUAAACUUUAAGAUCUAUUCAAAUAAACAGCCACAUUUUUCAAUCCAAACUAAUCAACACUAAAAAAUUCUAUAACUAGUUCUAAAGGAUCAGGAAGACCAUAAAUUGAUUAUACAUUUAAGCCUACUUAAAUUCGAAUUAUUCAAUAAGAGACUCAAUAAAGUUUGAGUAAACGAAAUAAUGUAUAAUUUAUGCAGAACAAGCUAAAUAUUUAACCAUCAAAAAUUACGUACCAAACUAUUUCUAUAUCUAGUUCUCCUGUUAAAGUUAUAAAAGGAUUUAAUCAAAAGCCACAAUCCCCUCCUUAACUCUAUGAAUCCCGUAAUAAAGUUACUUAUCAAGAAUAAAUAAAAAGAAUUAAAGAAACAGACAUCCGUGAUGAAUACAUCCAUUAAAAUUUAUAAAGGGAUGUAUAGCCUCCAAAGCCUAUUAAUAAAUAUACAAUAGGUUCCCGUGUGCUUAGAACAAAAAUGGAUGGGACUAUUAAUACUGUUGAUUCUGCACAAAGAGUCUAAUUUCACACUAAUUAAAAUGAAUAAGACAAUAUUAGAUUGUCAUCCAAUUAAAUGGACUUUCCAACUUAGAAAAAAUCAAUCCUUGAAUCUGAUCGUUUUAACAAUAGAUAAAAUUUAAAUGACCUUUUGAAAAAAAGUAAUUCAACUGCAUUUUUCCCAUAAAUCUAACCUAAAUUCUAAUAAGCCAAAAAUAUUCCUUAUGGUUAUGGACCAGAAUCAUAAUAAGAUACAGCCGUAAGAACUAAUUCAUCAAAAUAAACUAUUCCAGGAAAUGAUAUAAUAUAUGCUCAUCCUGAAGAUUCUUUAAUGAGAAAAUCAAAAACUGCUUAAGAAACCAUCAGAGAAUAGGGAAGUGGUCAAUAAACAUAGGGCAAAAUUUAAUAUAAAUUAAAUAGUGCCGAAUCUCAAGAUGUAUUACCUUACAUUCAUUCUCCAAAUCAAGGAACUUAGUAAGGAUUCUCUUAGAGUAAAGGCCGAUCAUUUUUGUAGAGAAAACCAUAAGCUAAAAUAGUUAGCAGAUUAUUUUCAUCAAAAUCUGAUAAUAAAAAUAAUUGA